UUUAUGGGUGAAAAACGUCAACAUUCAGGAGGAGGUAGCCGCCGUCCUCCAUGGAAGCGCGGGAAGCAGGACAAUGGUAGGCUGCAGCCGGGAUCACGCGGGCUUUUUAUCACACACACUCAAGCUAAGAAGCAUAAGGAGGCUAUGCAAGAAUGUUUGACCAUAUUGCGUGAGCACUGUGAAUAUAUCAAUCCAGAAUUUGGAAGCAAUAAAUUAUCGAAUACUGACCUAUGCCAGGCUGCAAAUGUUGAGGAAGCAAUAAGAGCUGAAUUGGAGGACAACAAAUUGUUUUUUGAUCGUUUUGUUCCAGGUCCGUGUAUCUCUAAGAAUGUGAAUAUCGUAUAUUUUAAGAAUGAGGAUGACGUUCCUUCUACAUAUGUCAGGGAAAUAUUCCAUGCUAUAUUAAAGGAUAAUCGUUACAGUGCACGUUUUUUGUGCCGUAUGAUUCCCUACGAUUUGGUAUGCAAGGCUGAAGGCGAUCCUUUCACUGAGGCUAUGACCAAGCUAAUAGCGGCUGAAUUUCCACACUCGCAAGCCAAUGAUAAAUUUGAUAGAUGUGAGCCAGGGGACACCUUUACAUGGUGUCUAAGUUACAGCUCUCGCAAUUCAAACGCGCUUCCUCGGGAAGACGUACUCGAUCUUGCUGUUCAAUUAGUUGGAAAAAAUUACAGUGUCGAUCUUCAUUCACCGGAUAAGUUAGUAGUGGUUGAAGUCGUGAAGGGGUUAUGCGGUUUAUCGGUUAUAUCGGACUAUAAGGCAAUUUCACAUUACAAACUCAAUAUAUCUCGUAUAAUUUAGCAG